UUGGGCUGCUGGAGUGCGGCGCCACCGCGGAGGACAGGGGGAGCUGGCGGGCAGCGGGUGAGGGGGUGGCGGGGACGCGAGUGGCGGCCGCGGGGCUCCGGACAAGGGUCCGCAGAGCUGCAGCCUUCUAGGGCCAGCCCUCUCCGAGUCCGGGGCUGGGUCCCAGCAGUGACAAGGCGGCAGCCCCGCGCACACCAAAGAGAAGGCGGCUGUGGCGGCAGCGGCAGCCCCAGCCAUGCUGUGUUAUGUGACGAGGCCGGACGCGGUGCUGAUGGAGGUGGAGGUGGAGGCGAAAGCCAACGGCGAGGACUGCCUCAACCAGGUGUGCAGGCGACUGGGAAUCAUAGAAGUUGACUAUUUUGGACUGCAGUUUACGGGUAGCAAAGGUGAAAGUUUAUGGCUAAACCUGAGAAACCGGAUCUCCCAGCAGAUGGAUGGGCUAGCCCCUUACAGGCUUAAACUGAGAGUCAAGUUCUUCGUGGAGCCUCAUCUCAUCUUACAGGAGCAGACUAGGCAUAUCUUUUUCUUGCACAUCAAGGAGGCCCUCUUGGCAGGCCACCUCUUGUGUUCCCCAGAGCAGGCAGUGGAACUCAGUGCCCUCCUGGCCCAGACCAAGUUUGGAGACUACAACCAGAACACUGCCAAGUAUAACUAUGAGGAGCUCUGUGCCAAGGAGCUCUCCUCUGCCACCUUGAACAGCAUUGUUGCAAAACAUAAGGAGUUGGAGGGGACCAGCCAGGCUUCAGCUGAAUACCAAGUUUUGCAGAUUGUGUCGGCAAUGGAAAACUAUGGCAUAGAAUGGCAUUCUGUGCGGGAUAGCGAAGGGCAGAAACUGCUCAUUGGGGUUGGACCUGAAGGAAUCUCAAUUUGUAAAGAUGACUUUAGCCCAAUUAAUAGGUGUGACACAGUGACCAGCGCCGUGAUGAUGCAGUAUAGCCGUGACUUGAAGGGCCACUUGGCAUCUCUGUUUCUGAAUGAAAACAUUAACCUUGGCAAGAAAUAUGUCUUUGAUAUUAAAAGAACAUCAAAGGAGGUGUAUGACCAUGCCAGGAGGGCUCUGUACAAUGCUGGCGUUGUGGACCUCGUUUCAAGAAGCAACCAGAGUCCUUCACACUCGCCUCUGAAGUCCUCAGAAAGCAGCAUGAAUUGCAGCAGCUGCGAGGGCCUCAGCUGCCAGCAGACCCGGGUGCUGCAGGAGAAGCUACGCAAGCUGAAGGAAGCCAUGCUGUGCAUGGUGUGCUGCGAGGAGGAGAUCAACUCCACCUUCUGUCCCUGUGGCCACACUGUGUGCUGUGAGAGCUGCGCCGCCCAGCUACAGUCAUGUCCCGUCUGCAGGUCGCGUGUGGAGCAUGUCCAGCACGUCUAUCUGCCAACGCACACCAGUCUUCUCAAUCUGACUGUAAUCUAAUCUGUUGUGCUUUUGUUGGACUUGCCAUGUUUCCAUGAACUGCACUAUUAUAAACUAUUAAAAUGAUAGAUUGUGGAGAAAGUAAUUAUUCCAACACCCAUCUGCCAUGCGAUGUUAAAAAAAAAAAAAAAAAAGGAAGAAAAAUAACACAGCUACUCCUCACUACAAAAACAUAUCCAUGCGUAGAAUCAACAACUCCAGUCGUGGGACCAGGAGGAGCUCUGGGAUGCAGACACAUUCCUUGGAUGUUGAUUUUUUUUAUGAUCAAGUAAAGGAAUAGGUAAAGUCUUUGAUGUCAGUGAAGUGGCAACAUAGCCAAAAAGUUGGGUACCUUUUAGGAAAUGAUGUUGUAAGUCUCCUUAAUGUAUCCCGAGGUAAGUUUCCUACUGGCAGCAGAUUUUGUAAGAAUUACUUUUAAGAAUUUCAUUCUUUUUGUAUGGUCAUGGAGCUCCAACCAUUUUUAAUAGGAAAGUCUUUCGUAAAUUGUUGUCGUUUUAAUGUCAUUUCUGUCUUUAUAACUUGAUCAAGAAUGAUUGGAAGGCAAACAGGUUUACAAAUCAAUUCUGUGACUUUUAAAAAGUUGACAAUGUUGUCAGAUUUAAACCAGUGUGGCUAGUAAAAAGCAGUUCACUCAAUGUGGGUGGCUCCCUAUUCCUUUACGCUCCCCCUAUCCCUACCCCACAAGCAUUUCGAUUAUAAAAUACUACCAAUCUUGUUCUAAGAUUACUGUGGAGUAGUCAAGUACUCCCCGGGCCUUCUGAGCUGGUGGAAUAUUUUAUUUCAGACUGAAAACAGAGAGCACUCUCCUUGGGAAGGGAAAGCGGAGCUUGCUGAGUGAGAGAUGGAACCUCAUGGUGUACAACUGAGGGUAGUUAACUCAUCACUUCUCCCAAGCACUCGAUCCCAGCUUCACCCACUGGUGUUGCUUUGCUUGAACUGUUCAAGCCUUUUAUAGCCUUACCAUAAGUAUUUAGAUAUUGUGUCCUUUUCUGUUUUUGGGGGGGGAGUUUUGUUGUGUUUUUUUAAAGUAAGUGCUUAAGUAUUAACUUUGGGUUGUCCCCUCUGUAUGUUUCGAAGGGGUUUUGGUUCUUUUUGCUUCUGUUUUCUUAAAUAUGUUUUCCACUCCCACUUGGGCAUUUUGGAAGCUGGUCAGCUAGCAGGUUUUCUGGGAUGUCGGGAGACCUAGAUGACCUUAUCGGGUGCAAUACUAGCUAAGGUAAAGCUAGAAACCUACACUGUCACUUUACUGAGAUUUCUGAGUAUACUUUUCAUAUUGCCUUAAUGUAGCAGUAAUGUGUUUAUGCAUUUGUUUCUUUGCACAGACAUUUUGUCAAAUAUUAAAACUCUACUUUUUUAUAGCACAUAUUAGCAUAUAAGCCUUUAUUCCAAGAGGUAUUUAUUUUUUCACUUGUAAAAAAAUAAUGUUUCCACGUGAAGAACUCUGUUAUAUCCUAGAGGACUCUGUCUUUUAUAUUCGGGAUAAUAAAGACUUUAAAGCAAA